AUGGACGCGCAUGUUAAAGAUGGACAGCUUUAUGUGCAACACCAGAAGUUCGGCAAGAAGUGGAAGAAGAACUGGUUCGUCCUGUACCCCGCCAGCCCCAACGGCAUCGCCCGCCUCGAGUGCUACGAUUCGCCCACGGGCUCCGGCGGCGGGGGCGGGAGCGGCGGCGGGGGCGGGGCCAACGAGAAGACCAGGAAGCUGGACAAGAAGAUCAUCCGCCUGUCGGAGUGCAUCUCCAUCCUCCCGGCCGCCAUGGAGCCCUGCCCCAAGGAGAACAUGGCGGCCUUCUGCGUGGAGACCAACGACAAGACGCACGUGUUCGCCGCCGAGAGGGCCGUGAGCAUGGAGUGGGUGGAGAAGAUGUGCGAGAUCGCCUUCCAGGGUGGUAGCACCAGCAGCAGCGGUGCUGUGGACUCCAACGGAGGAACGCGGGAGCUGGAGAUGUCAGAGAACCUGAUCUACUCGUCUAGAGAAGAGGUGAACGAGUUCUGGGUGAGCGUCCAGCCCACGGAGGCCUCGGCCCGCUGCGGCCUGGCCGGGUCCUACUGGCUGAAGGCGGACCGAGAGGCCCUAGUGCUGAAGGACCCCCAGACCCGGAGAGGGGUCCUUCUCUGGCCCUACAAGCUGCUGCGGAGAUACGGCCGCGACCGGGUGAUGUUCUCCUUCGAGGCGGGCCGACGCUGUGAGUCCGGCCCGGGGAAGUUCACCUUCGACACCAAGCAGGGCAACGACGUCUUCCUGCUGGUGGAGCAGGCCAUCCAGUCCCAGAAGGAGCGGGCCCCGGACCCCGAGGGCCCCUGCUCGCUGGCGCCCCCCAGGGGCCCCGCGGCGGCGCCCGGCCCCGGGGGGGACAGCGGCGGCGGCGGCGGCAGCAGCCGGGAGUCGGACGGCGACUCCGGCGGCAGCAAACCGGGCUCGGGCGACGGCGUGCUGGGGCGGCGCGACGACGGGGGCGGGGCCAAGGCGGGCGGGGGCAACAAGGGGCGGAGCCUACCCGAGCCGCCGGCGCCCGUCCGGGGCCCCAUGGCGGGUCCCCGCCUGGGGCUGAACUGCGGGGGCAAAGGAGCCGUCCCUCAUUUCCCCGCCGCCGCCGCCGCCUCCCCCGGCUGCUCCUCCUCCUCCUCCUCUUCCUCCACCUCCCUGGACGACCCCGGGAGCCUCUACUCGGAGCCCGCCGACUCCCUCCGCCUGCUGAUGCCCCCCCCCCGCGCCGACGGCCUCUACUCGGACCCCGUGGACCUCAUGAUGGGCCAGACCCCGCCCCCGGCCGCCCCCACGCCCCUCCCCCGCCAGCGCCCGCUGGUGGUGGUGGCCCCGGCCCCGGCGGACGAGGCUCCGCCCCCGGGGGACCUGUACUCCUACCUGUUUGACAAAAUGAACCUGGACCCCGGCCACAAGGCGGGGGGGCUGGCGCUGGAGGAGGGGGCGGCGGGGCGGGGGGCCGCGGGCGGGCCGGGGAGCAGGGGGAGGCGGGCGUCCGGGGGCCGCUACGAGGGCUCCUCCUCCUCUUCGUCCUCGUCCUCGUCCUCCUCUCACCCGGCCCACCCGGCGGAGCACAUCUACGACGAGCCCGAGGGCUGCGCCCGGGGGGGCCGUCGCAGCGGCGGCGACCCGGCGGGCGCGGCCAGCCUGGGGCCCUCGCAGUGGCCCAAGGCCCCGGGCCCCAAGCCCUCCAAGCUCAAGCCCUUCCUGGCCCCGAAGCCCCCCCACCUGAACGAGCCGCUGCCGCCGCCGCCCCUCCGGCCCCGCGAGCCCUUCACCGGGAAGAACCUCAACAACAACCACAACAACAACAACCACCACCACAACAACAUUGGCGGUAGCGCUAGCCGUAGCGGAAGCAUUAGCGGUAGCAUUAGCGGUAGCGUUAGCGGUAGUCGUAGCGCUAGCAUUAGCGAUAGCGGCAACGAGCUCUACAGCAAGGUGUCCAAGCAGAGGCCUCCGUCCCCGGGGCUCUGGUUCGGCCAGCACACGCCGGCCCCCCGCCCCCAGCACCACCAGCCCCCCCUCCGGACCCCCGAUCUCAUCUACGACAACCUGGGUGACCUCUGAGGGGCUUCUCCGGAACAGACCUGUCUCCUCUCCUCCAGGACGAGGACUGGUGGGUAACAUUCAGUGAUCCACGCUUACUGCAGCUGUUUGGUUACCACCCUGAGACGAGAGCAACGGAUUGGCCGAGACCCGUGUCGGGUUGGGCCCUGAUUGGCCGAGGCCUGUCUCGGGGUUGAGCCCUGAUUGGCCGAGGCCUGUAGGGUCGAGCCCUGGCUGUUUGAGACUCUGUUCCAUUUUGGGGGACAACGGCGAUUACAUAUUUGCAAUAAAUGGACUUUAUGGACAUCGAAGGACACUAGCUCGGAAAGCAGCCUUUCUUCCCAUUGGAUCCACGAGAAGGGUGUGUGUGUGUGUGUGUGUGUGUGUGUGUGUGUGUGUGUGUGUGUGUGUGUGUGUGUGUGUGUGUGUGUGUGUGUGUGUGUGUGUGUGUGUGUGUGUGUGUGUGUGUCAGUGGCUAGCCCCCACCGCAAUGUGGCCAGGCACACCAAUUAUGGGUCUGACCCACGUCCUCCCUAGAAGGAGGGCUGGCCUCGCUGCCUUCGCAGUAACGAGCUUAAUGACCGGAGCGGCUCUUCCUCUGGUCAGAACCUACCGCCUGCUUGUUAAAACGCCUGACCGCGCCGGCCCGGGAAUCGAACCCGCGACCCGGCUUGCUCACCGCUACCCCGGUGGCCGGUCUGUCCCCCUGAGCGUGGAACUCCUGCAAGACUCGAAGUUGAACAUUGCCUGGCGGAUACAUUCGGAGUCAGAAGGACUUGGGGGACUUGUUGCUGGACUACUGGAAAACUGUGAUGCUCUCGGACGAAAACGGAGAAAGAAAACGACUUUUGAAACUCUGGACUUUGAUUCUUUUUUUU